CUGAUAAUUGUUCUCACGAUAUCCCCGUUAUGGCUCAAAACACAGAGACUACUAAAGUUGCAGCUUUAUCUUCUCAUAGCGGCUGUUAUAUAUGCGAUGGUGGCGAUGACCCCAAGCAGGGCCCUUAAUGGGGCACCGUUCAUCAAAUUUCCAUCCCUGUUGAUUGCCCAGCUUUCAUGCAGCCAGGUGAUUUCUCAGGUAAACUUCUGCCCUUCCGAGGAUGGGUCUCCAAGAGACUUUGGAGAUAACUCAUGCAUUUGUAGAAAUGAAAAUGCCUUGGCUACUUUGGCUUACUGCUACCAAACUGGAUACCCCCAAGAGAUUGAAUCAUUUAUCAACAUGUGCAAUAGAGACUAUAACACGUCUUUAAACCAAGGCCUGAUUGACGCAGCUCUUGAAAAGUACUAUACUGCAGCAAAGGAGCUUAACAAUAGCUCACAUUUACGCUACGGAAUUGUUGUUGAUUUUCCCGUAAAACUAUCCAGCUUCACCAUCUUUCUAUACAAGAAGUCGUACGACCAAUUUCUUGGAAAUUAUAACCGAUCCAUUGACUAUGGCUGGUACAUGGUUGUGUACAUGAUGUUCGUGUUUACACUAGCAGCGAUUGGAAACUGGAGCAAGUUGCUUGGUCCCAAACUUGUCAAAAAAUUCACAGGCCCUAUUCUGCGUUGGACCCGGUCUCGUAUAACUCUACCGGCACUUUCUGGUACAGAACGAACGAAGGAAAAACAUCUUUGGAAGGUCUUCGGCUAUUUGCCACCCACUCGCGCAGAAACCUUGGCUCUAGGUUCCUUUUCAUUAUUAGCGUUGCACCUCUGUUUCUACAAAAUUCACUUUGUGCAACAUGACCCAAUCUUCGGAACAAAGCUUGCUGCUUAUAUGAGAUAUUUUGGCGUACGAUCAGGAAUUAUAGCCAGCUCUUUGCUUCCGCUUUCAGUGCUUUUCGCAGGACGAAAUAAUAUUCUUCAGUGGUUUACCAGGUGGGAGUAUUCGACAUUUGUGAUGUUUCACCGGUGGAUUUCCCGUAUCAUGGUGCUUCUUGUCAUUGUUCACUCUGUAGGGUACAGCAAGAAUCUUAAAUUUCCGCCGAAUCACAUGGAAUCAUACAUUAUUUUUGGCGUGGCGGGAACUGUGUCGGGAUUGGCAAUUCUCGUACAGGGAUUGUUGGUAUUGAGACGGAAGUGGUACGAGGCGUUUCUUGCAAUCCAUAUAAUUUUGGCAGCCGCUUUUCUCAUUGGUGCAUGGCUCCACGUUAAGGACUUCAGAUUUGUAUGGUACUACUAUGUAUCUGCAUGUCUUUGGAUGUUGGACCGUGUGAUUAGAAUUCAGCGUCUUUGUGUUUUUGGAUUCCCACUAGCAAGGGUGCAGUUAUACGAAGACGACACUUUGAAGUUCCGUGUGUCUAUGCCACCUGGAUUUCAUGCCGUUGGUGGUGGCCACUGCUUUGUCCAUUUUCUUCGUUGGUCAUGUUUCUGGCAGUCACACCCAUUCACAUACACCGUAGUGAAUGGCGACAUUGUGUUUUACGUCAAGGUGAAAAAGGGUGUGACAGAAUCACUCAAGAGGUAUCUCGAAGAAAACCCAUCAAUAUCCGCAAACAUGCGAGUUGCUAUCGAGGGAUCUUAUGGAGAAGCAACUCCCGCAUUGAGAUAUGACACAAGUGUUUUCAUUGCUGGUGGAAAUGGUAUCCCAGGGAUUUUCGCCGAAGCAGUUGAAGUGGCUGAAUACCACAAGGGCCACCGGAAAGUGAAGCUUAUUUGGGCUGUGCGUGAAUACAAAUCGCUUCUUUGGUUUUAUGAUGAGUUGCAAGAUCUUGCGAAACUAGACAUCGAGACCGAGAUCUAUAUUUCGAGACCCCAUUCAAACCUUUGCACUUCAGUGUCAGACAAACUGGUUUUGCUUGAAAAUACGUACACACACCGCAGCUACCAGUCAACCGAGGCCAUGGAGGACCCUAUCCAAAAAAUUCACCACGACUUAACCAACGUGGUUUUCAAGAAAGGACGACCAAAUAUCGCUAAAAUUGUGGAGAUUUCUUGUGAAGAAUCUUUGGGAUCAACCUGUUUUGUUACGUGUGGCCAUCCAGAUAUGGUUGAUGACAUUCGAGACCAAGUGGCGCAGAAAGUUGCGGUCUGUCCCACCCGCGUGGACUACUUCGAACAGUUACAAGUUUGGGCAUAGCCGUAUUUCUUACUAUGGGUGCUCGAUGACCCUUGUGAGAUCUGGGUGCAACUAAAUACAUGUUCUUAUUAAAAAAAACGGGAUUGCCUCAUGGGUUUGACCUUUGUGACAUCACAUAUGCGUCAGCAAAGUCAUGGAAAGAGGAGAUCCAUGUGAAUUCUUUCUUGUCAGAAGUCUUGUCAGACUCUACAUGAUAAGAAAUCUGACAUCAAGAAACAAACGGGCAUGAGAUUAUUAGGAAUCAGGAAUGAAGAAGUAGAGGUUAACGAAUAAUAAAUUGCAG